ACAACAAACAGAGCAGAGGUUUUAAAUUUUAAUAUAACUUCCAAAAUGAGAGCUUACCUCAACUCCCAACACCAAUUUUGAAACGUAAAGUUUGCUCUUCUUCCCUCUUCUCCCCCCUUAAACCCCUCACCCACUGAAUCUUGAACUUUCAAUUUCUGUAAAUUGUACCUCCUUUGUGCCAUUAAACUUCUUAGUAAUUCACACAUCAAUACCCAACACUUAUGAAAAACUCAUAAACUCACAAAUCACCAUUUUUUUCAACUUUCCAUUCCCAAAAAAGGCAAGUUCUGUUUUUUCUUUCAAUGCCUUCAUCUCCUAAAUCAUUCAAUGCUUGGCCAUCUUCCUCUCCCCUUAACUCCCGUAGAUCGACGGUUCUGAUUCUUUGUUCUCUUAUCGGUCUAGCUGGGUUUGUAUUCGGUUUCAUUGCAAUUUCGAGGCAAGGUUUGGGGCACAAAUGUAAAUAUGCUGAACCUCGAUCUGUUUCUGUUGUGUGGGAUAAAAGUUCCAGUAAAGCUACGGGCCUUUUAGAUGAAGGGCAAAAGAGGCAUAAAGUUAUGGGCUUUGUUGGGAUCCAAACCGGGUUCGGAUCCACUGGCCGUCGCCGGUCUUUGCGGCAGACUUGGUUUCCCUCUGAUCAUCAAGGCCUUCAAAGGUUAGAAGAAGCCACGGGCUUGGCUUUUAGAUUUAUAAUUGGUAGAACAAGUGAUAAAUCCAAAAUGGCAGAGCUUAAGAAAGAGAUAGCGGAAUAUGAUGAUUUUUUACUAUUAGACAUUGAAGAGGAGUACAGUAAGCUCCCAUACAAAACCAUAGCUUUUUUCAAAGCUGCCUAUGUGCUUUAUGAUUCUGAGUUUUAUGUUAAAGCUGAUGACGACAUAUAUUUGCGGCCAGAUCGCCUUUCACUGCUCUUGGUCAAAGAGCGGUCUCACUCACAAACAUACCUUGGAUGCAUGAAAAAGGGUCCAGUUUUCACUGACCCCAAGCUCAAAUGGUAUGAACCACUUGGAUAUAUGCUUGGAAAGGAGUAUUUUCUCCAUGCCUAUGGUCCUAUUUAUGCUCUUUCUGCUGAUGUUGUUAUGAGUUUGGUUGCUCUCAGGAAUAACAGUUUCCGAAUGUUUAGCAAUGAGGAUGUUACUAUUGGUUCCUGGAUGCUUGCGAUGAAUGUCAAUCAUGAGGAUAAUCGGCAACUAUGUGAACCAGAGUGUACCCCUUCAUCCAUUGCUGUGUGGGAUAUUCCCAAGUGUUCAGGUCUAUGUAAUCCUGAGAAGAAAAUGUUGGAACUUCAUGCAAAAGACAUGUGCUCAAAGAGUCCCACUCUGCCAUCAGAUGAGGAUGAUUAGAGCUCAUUGCCGUCAAACACAGUAGGCUGGCAGAUUGUUUACAGAUUGAUUCAUUCCUUUUGGUUAAUGGGCUCAGUCAAUGUUGCUUCUGGAAGUUGUCUCCACUAAAUGUCGCGGCCAAUUUGUAAGUUACCUGUGCAACAGUAGUUGAGGAAAAUAUUUUUUCCAGUUGUCCCGUUUAGAGAUCAGAUUUUUGUAGCAAUAGGAGAUUAGGGGCAAGAGAUUACCUUAGUCCUCCUGUUAAUAGAGUGCUGUAAGUGUAAGGUUACCGCUUGGAAUUUAAACACGGAGUUAGUUACUUGACAUUCUGUGCAAAUAGUGUACUCUGUUGUUUACAUUACACAGUUGUUAUUUUGAGGUCCUAGAACAGUUCAUACACUCUGGAGGAAAAGAUUGUCAUAACAAUCUAUGAAUAAUUCAAGAUUUUUUAGAAUUCACAUGUA